AUGGGGAGCUUCAACGAGCGGGACCAGGCUCGCGCGCCCGCCUUACCCUCCGCGCCUUCCCCCAUGCUGCUCCCCUCCGCGCCCUCCCCCACUUCCGCCAACGCGAUUGGCCGAUCGCGCUCCCUCACAAACUCCUCUUCCGCCUCCCUCGUCGUUGCCUCUGUUCUCUCCGCAUCCCGCUCCCCCCUCCCCACCUUCCCGCGCCAAUCCUCCACUUCCGCCACGGUUUCCCCCUGUCGCGCCUUGCGCCCGUCGCCCCCCGCCGCGCGCGGAAGCGGCGGAGGGCGGGGAGAAGACCCUUCCGCGGACGUCUCCCGCGAGUUCCCCAACGGCGACUCGUACCGCGGGCAGUGGGGGGCGGCGUGGGACGUGCCGCACGGCGCGGGGUGCUACGUGUGGGCGGACGGGAGCGUGUACGAGGGGGAGUGGGCGCGCGGGGAGAAGCACGGGCAGGGGCUGUUUGUAUGGCCGUCGGGCGCGCGCUACAAAGGGGAGUGGGCGCGCGGGCAGAUGCAGGGCGUGGGGAGCUACUGGGGCGCGGACGGGUCGUUUUACACGGGGAACUGGGCGGGGGGCGUGAAGCACGGGCUAGGGCGCAAGCUCUACCCCAACGGGGAUCGCUACGAGGGCUUCUGGUCGUUUGGCGCGGCGCACGGACCGGGGCGGUACGUGUGGGCGAACGGGAACGAGUAUUUCGGCGAGUGGGAGGGCGGGACGAUGAGCGGGUGCGGGACGUUCACGUGGGCGAGCGGCGAGCGGUACGAGGGCGAGUGGGAGGGCGGGGUGGAGCACGGCGUGGGCGUGUUCGCGUGGCGCGACGGUAGCCGUUAUGAAGGCACGUGGAGCCGCGGGCUUAAGGACGGUAAGGGCGUGUUUUACCCCGCUGGGUGCGCGCAUGGCGCAGGGGACGCUGGGGAGAGGGGGGAAAGGGAGGCGGGGAUGGGGGAGGAAAGGGAUGGGGAUGAGGGGGAGGAGGAAGGGGGGGAGGAGGCGGAGGAGGACGGGGAGGAGGAGGGGGAUGUUGAUGGGGACGGGGAGGGAGCGGAGGAGGAAGAGGAUGAGGAGGAGGGAUGGGGAUUGGAAGGCGAGGAGAAAGGGGAGGAGAUGGGGGGAGAGGCAGGGCAGGGGGAUGCAGCGGGGAGCAGUGCUGCUGCUGCGGCUGCCGUUAUGAACGGCUGCAGUCCUGAUGACGUUGAUGGUGCUCUGGCGGCCGUUGCAGCACCAACAGCAGCGGCAGCGACGUCAGGGGCGAGUGUGGCGGGUGCGAGUGCAGGGGAAAGGGCUGCUGCGGGGCAGGUAGCGCCUGGUGCCGUGCUGCUGGCUAAGCAGGCUCCGGACCUGAGCUCAGGCUCGUUCAACGCUGGCUCGGCGAGCUCAGGUUCGGGGAGGCUGGCUCGGAGGGGCGGUGUAGCAGCAGCCACGGGGGGAGGGGGAGGUACGGCAGGGGUGAAGGGCGUGCAGAGGAUGUUACAGAAGCGGCUUACAGCGGGGACGAGGGCGCUGGAGGUGGCGCUAGGGCCCACGGGGAGUGUGUACCUGGCUGCUGAUGCCGUGCCCGCUAUGCCCCUCCCUGACUCCUCCUCGCUUGGCCGGGGGGACGGCAGGCCAAGCGCGCGGGAGGGAGGAGGUGGUGUGGAGAAGGGGGCGGAGAGGAAGGAGGCUGGUGUGGAGGGAAGGGAGGGAGUUGGGGCGAGGGAGGGGAGGGAGAGGGAGGGAAAGGAGGAGAGGGUGGUGAUUGCGAUUGGGAGGAGUUCAAGAGGGGAAGGCAAGGGCGAGAGGAUUGCAGGAGAAGGGAGCAAGGGCAGAGGGCAGGAGAGCACUGGCGGGGCAGUGAGUGACACGGACAUGUGGCGGCCUCUGAUUGGCAGCGGUGCGGAGAGCAGCCAAUGGGAAGGAAGCAGUGGUGAAGGGGCGGUGACGGAUGGGAGGGAGGCAGGGGGGAGUGGAGCAGGAUGGAAGGAGCUGGAGAAGGGGUUGAGAAGCGAGGCGAGAGGGGCGAGAGGGGCGAGGGAGAAGGCGAACGGAGAGCGAUGGGAGAGCGGGGCAGAUGGGGGGCAUGACAGCGGUGUCAUGCAUGCCAGGUCCCCUCCCCACUCUCUCAAGCCUGCCGGGCGUCCUCCCCCCGUCCCCCCCCGCUCGCCCCUACCACCUGGCCGCCCCCCCCCGCCCCUUCCCCGCUCGCCGCUGGCAGCUGGGAGGGGUCUGUGGCACGCGCGCCAGCCCAGUGACGACUUCUUUAUUGGGCUGUCUUCGUCCAAUGGCAGCAGCACACGUGGCAGCCCUGGCAGCAGGAAGGGGGGGCGCAAGUGCUUGUCGGGGCCGCUGCAGGCGCGGGCGAACCAGGCGAGGGAAAGGGGGGAGGCAGGGGAGAUGGGGGAGAUGCGAGGCGAGGAGGGAGAGGGGAUGCAUGGGAAGGGGGGGCGACAGCAAAGAGGGAGAAUAGGGGGAGGGGCUUGGAGGGAGGGGGAGGAGGAGGAGGAGAAGGGUGUUGGGAGAAGCGCUGCUGUCUCCCGGCCAAUGACAGCGAGCCACGUGUCGGAGGUGGACAUGGAGGGGCGGCAGGACAACUGGAAGGUGUGGAGGGAGGAGGCCCCCUCGCGCUGGCGACACCACCUGGGCCUCCGCGGCCCCCUUGCUGCGCCCUCCCCCUCCCCCGCUGCUCCCAGUUCCCACCCAGGCCCUGCUGUUGCCAGCGUGGGACCUGCCGCGUCCAACUCAGCAGGUGCUGCUGCCAGCUCAGCAGCCGUAGCUGCCAGCUCAUCAGCGAGUGCGGCCUCAGCAGUGGCGAUGGGGGCAGGUGGAGGAGAGGGGGUAAGGUCACCGCGGGGCAUCACACGUGCUCUCACCAUGGGGCCUGUGCCGGGGCGAGGGCAGCAGUACGCUGAGGGGGAGGGGCGCCGUGGAGGGGCGUGUGGGGCGCUGGAGGCGAGGGAGGAGGGCGGAGCGCAGGAGGGGGCGAGAGGGGAGCAGUCAGGAGAGGCAGCAGUGCUGAUAUUGAACGGGGGAGGCGAGGGAGAGGCGUGUGAGGUGGCGGGGGUGGAGGCGGUGGAGGAUGCGGUGAUGGUGAGGGAGUACGUGCACGGCGUGCUCGUUGCUCAGCAGCCGCUCUCCUCCCACUCCCACCCCCCGGUAAGCCUGCUCUCUGCUUCUUUCUCUUUGUGUGCUGCCAUGCCCGUGCCUGUGGCAGCACGUGCGGUGGAGCGGUGGCACGUGCCGAGGGGCAGGGAGGGCAAGAGGGCGGGCGAGCUGAUCUACAAGGGCCACCGCAGCUACCUGCUCAUGCGCACCCUGCAGCUCGGCCUCCGGACUCACAUGCUCAUCCCACCUCCCAUUCACACUCCCCUCGUCCCCCCCAACAGGUACAGUGUGGGGAGGAUCACGCCAGACGCACAGAGGGACGUGGGCCCGGCGGACUUCUCUCACUGGCCUGCCGUGCGCUUCCCCCCGGCCGGCUCACCCACCACACCGCCGCACUCCAUGCAUGCAUUCAAGUGGCGCGACUACUGCCCCUCCGCCUUCAGGGCACUGCGCGCCAUGUUUGGAAUAGACCCGGGGGACUACAUGGUGUCGCUGUGUGGGGACGACGCACUGAGGGAGCUGAGCAGUCCGGGCAAGUCGGGCAGCGUCUUCUUCCUCUCGCAUGACGACCGCUUCCUCAUCAAAACCAUGCGCAGCGCUGAGCUGCAGGUGCUGCUGCGCAUGCUACCGGCCUACUACCGCCACGUGAAGCACAACCCACACACACUGCUCACCAAGUUCUUCGGCCUGCACGCCAUCAAGAUCUACCACACCACCUCCUCGCGCACCGCCUCCCGCCUCGCCGCCAAGGCGGGCGGGCGCGAGUCAGUCAUCCGCUUCGUGGUCAUGGCCAACCUGCUGGUGUCGCCGCUGCGCGUGCACCGGCGGUUUGACCUCAAGGGGUCGUCGCAGGGGCGCAGCACGGGCAAGGUGGCGGUGGACGAUACUACAACUCUCAAGGACCUGGACCUCGAUCUUGCCUUUCUGCUUCACCCGCCUUGGCGCCCCCUACUCCUGCAGCAGAUAGCAGCGGACUGUGCGUUCUUAGAGCAGCAGCACAUAAUGGAUUACAGCCUGCUGCUGGGGGUGCACUUCAAGGCCACCGGGCCCCCGCCCGCCCCCAUCGUCACCAUCACUGACGCGCACCUUGACGGGCCAAGCCCCGCCUCCCUCCAACCUGCAGCACCGCAUGGCACCAGUGCUACUGCUGUCAGCAGCAUGCACACAGCCGCACUGCUGCCGCACUGCUACCAUGAGGGCAAUCUGUCCAACCUGCAGCAGCACCUCAUGGCAGCAGUGCGGCUCAUAUCAGCAACAUGCCCACAGGUAGCUCCUGAGGCUGCUUAA